AACACAGCAGAUCAAGUUGGCUUUCACGUUGCAGGGGGGUUUACGGCUCUGGAGCAAAUCCUCCAGGUUGUGACAACUUCCACCAACUUGAACACAGUGUCACGGAUCCCUCUGAAGUCGCUCUGCAGUGCAAUAAACGUUUACUACUUGGCCUGCAACCACUGUGUGGAAAAUUGCACCUACGUUUUGUUCAGCAACAAGAUCACUUUUCUAAUGGACCUCUUGAUGCACCAGCUAAUGGUUUAUGUUCCAGAUGACCCUAAUGCCACCUUAGGAAGAAUCGCCAACAAGCAAGUCUUCGAAGGCUUGACAACGGGAAUCUUGAAAAUCAUGGCUGUGGUGUUUGGGUGUCUGAUCUCCAACAUGGCUCAGGGGAACAACCAGAACAGCGUACCUAAAUUAAUCCAGGAAAUGAAAAACAAGACCUCACCGGCUGAAGUCUUCAACAGUAGGAUGCAAGACCUCAUCAGCUAUGUGGUGAACAUCGGCUUAAUUGAAAAGCUGAGCUCCUGUUUCCUUUCCGUCCAAGGACCGAUUGAUGAAAACUCUAAAAUAGCCAGUUUCCUGCAGAACGCAACAGAAGCCCUGCGUGGGGUUUGCCGACUGUGUUUUGCCGUCAAUGGCAGGUCUUGGACUAUUUUUGAAGAAGCUCAUCAGGAUCCCACCGGACUGACCGCCGCCCUCGAGGCCACAGACCUGGUUGGGGUGUUGCAUAUGCUCUACUGCAUUUUGUUCCACGGGACAGCCACCGAUCUGAACGCAGCUAGCCCGAAAGAGAGUUACGGAGAGAAUACCGUCCAGGUGGCUCUUCAGAGUUUGCGCUUCUUCAACAGCUUUGCUGUUCUGGAUCUGCCAGCUUUCCAGUCGAUUGUCGGGGCUGAAGGCUUGUCCCUUGCAUUCCGGCACAUUGUGAGCUCUUUGUUGUGGUACUGCUCCCAGCACACCUGCGAGGCACUACUGCAUGAAGUCAUUGUGUGUGUUGGCUAUUUCACCGUCAACCACCUGGAUAAUCAGGUGAUUGUCCAGUCCGGCCGCCACCCCACCGUCCUCCAGAAGCUCUGCCAGCUGCCCUUCCAGUAUUUCAGCGAUCCUCGCCUCAUCAAAGUGCUGUUUCCAACCCUCAUCGCGGCGUGCUACAAUAACCCGCAGAACAAGCUCAUUCUGGAGCACGAGAUGAGUUGCGUCCUGCUGGCCAGCUUCAUUCAGGAUUUCACACAAAGUUCAAUCCAGACAGAUAACCAACAAAGGGAAAAGUCCUUAAGUCCCCUAGAUUACCUCGAACUCUCUAAUAGGUUCCCACGCCAGACCUGGGAGGAAGCAAGGCAGUUCUUCUUGAAGAAAGAGAAAAAAUAAGAUUUUGUGGACUCUUGGGUUUUGGGGUGUUUUUUUUUUCCAAAACAGCUCACCCUUUUGGAAUGGUUUCAGCAAUUUCAUAUUCCGUUUAAGCUGUUGAAAAGACUUUUUAUACUAAAAAAAUGCACAUAAUGUAGAUAGAUAUUUAUAUAAAUGUAACCUACAUAAUUUGCACUAUUUCCAUCAGAAGAAUUGUAUAUACUUUAAAAAUCCUGUUUUGUCGUUUUGAAAAUAGGUUGGUUGGUUCUUCAUGUGUGUAUAUAUAUAUAUAUGUUUCCCAAUGUUUUCUGGAUAUGUUAGACUACAACUCCCAUCGGUCCCAGACAGCAUGAUCAGUGCCAGUAUUAGUUUGGCAUGAUGGCAUUUUUCUUUGGAUGAGACCCCACAGAAGCUGGAAUGGGCUACAUCAUGGUGCCAUGGAUUUAUACCUGUGGUGUAGCAGCUCUGGCAUUGGGUUCUGAACACAAACAUUGAAAAUAAUUCUUCUGCAGUCCCUCCUGUAAAAGCCCGAUUAACAAGAGUCACACUACAGAGGUGUGCUUUUUUUUAUUUUAAUUUUUUUGCUUCUGUUCAUUUCCUCAAAUUCUAUACAGGAGGGACGGCCCAUUAGAAAGAACAAACCCCAAUGUCUUACAAUUUGUAUAGCUUGUAAUAAAAUAAUUUAUUCUG